ACGCAAGAGAGGUCUUAGAUACAAUAAAGGUCAUAGAUGCAGGAGAGGUCUUUGGCACAACCGUAAUCGAAAGCGAGCGAAUGGGAUAUACAGAUAUCUAUUGGAGUACAAACCUGGCGCGAUGUGUAUUUCCUAUGGAGAUCUUGGAGUGUAUUCUGGAAAAUUUCAUCUGGAGAUUGAUUGAUAUGGAAAAUAACCCGCGA